CAGCCGCCUCACAGAUAUUUCCAUUUGCCGGGAGAUGCCCAGCCUGGAGGUGAUCACGCUCAGUGUCAACAGCAUCUCCACCCUGGAGCCUGUGAGCCGGUGCCAGCGCCUGAGCGAGCUGUACUUGCGGAGGAACCGUAUCCCCAGCCUGGCUGAGCUCUUCUACCUGAAGGGGCUGCCGCGUCUCAGGGUGCUGUGGCUGGCCGAGAACCCGUGCUGCGGCACCAGCCCCCACCGCUACCGCAUGACCGUGCUGCGCACCCUGCCGCGCCUACAGAAGCUGGACAACCAGGCUGUGACGGAGGAGGAGCUGUCCCGUGCACUGAGUGAGGGAGAGGAGAUCACCGCAGCCCCGGAGAGAGAGGGCACAGGCCACGGCGGCCCCAAGCCAUGCUUCACACUGAGCUCCCUCAGCUCCGCUGCUGAGACCGGCCAGGACCCGCUGGACAGCGAGGAGGAGGCAAUCAGCACCCAGGGUGAACUUGGCCUGAAGCCCCCUUCCCGGGACCAGUUUCCUUCCUUCUCACCCAGAGAUGCUUUGAGCAGCCACAGGAGCAGGAACGUCCUGACCGCCAUCCUGCUGCUGCUGCGGGAGCUGGACGCAGAGGGGCUGGAGGCCGUGCAGCUGACUGUGGGCAGCCGGCUGCAGGCCCUGCGUCGGGAGGAGGUGCAGGAGCACGCCGAAUGACCACAGGACCUGAGCGCCGCUCCACUGUCCACGGGGACCCCAGUGUCUUCCCCAGCCCCCAGGAGCUGAAGGGUGGCUGCCACAGCCCUGGCCCCACACAAAAGCCUCCCCGGUUUGCCACAUCGGCCGAGGGCAGGAGUGGGUGUUGUGCUGGCUAGCUGGAGCGGUGGAGAUGCCUGUCCACACCAGAAUGUCACCAGGACUCCCCUUCUGUGGUCUGGAGGUUCUGGGCUGGCCUGGGCUCUUGAAGGGAGGAUUUUGCAGGUUGUCCUCCCUAAUAAAAGAUUUUCCCACGGUUGAUCUGGAGGUGACAUUUCCCAAUGGUCGUGACAGCCUUUCUGAAAGCAAGGGCCGUUUCUCGGCAGAAUGAGGAGGUGUUCACGAAUGGCUUUGCCGAUUCCAGCCCUUGGUCCUUGGAUAGAUUUCUGUUGAGCAAGGGAGGCUUCCAGAAUGCCGGCGUCCACAGGGACAUCUGCCCUGAGCUGCUCUCCGCAGGAAGGCAGCAGCCUCCCGCAUCCACGGGAGAGGGUUUUGUUUCUUGGCCAGGCUGGGCAGGCCACUGCUCUCCCAAGCUCAAGGCCAUGCGGUGUGAUCGUCACCAGAGCCAGCUGCAGCAUUGGGGCAGUCACUGUCACUGGACUUGGGGAAGCCCAGGGUGAAGACAGUCACUCAUCCGUGCAAGCUCUUCACAAGGGGUGCGAUCCCUCCAGAAGGGGUGCGAUCUCUGAGCAGUGGGGAGUGGAGUCACCACUUGGGACAUGGAGGGUGGACAGUUCAGGCCUGUGUCUGCCUUCCUGGGACUGUGGGAUGGGCACCCGGCGCCCUCAGUAAAGUGCUUCCUUGGAA